UUGAAAUAAUUUGUCGGGCGAAUCAUUUUUUAAAGAUUUUAUUAUUAUUAUUUUCUAAUCGUUUUCCCCUUCUAUAUUGUGUCAGCACGGCAUCACUUUCUCUGAAGGUCAUCUAUUUUCUCACACUCAAAAACUUAUUGCAGUAUUUUUUCUUCUUCUCUCUUUCUCCCUCCAUUUCUUUUACCAUAAACGAGCCGGAAGACAAAAUUAAAAACUGUUAUGUGCUUAGUUUCCACUUAACUUUGAAAUCGAAUUUUAUUUUAGCAAUACCGUUUCUAGAGGUUAAUUUAUGGUUAUAAGCGUUUAGAAGUUUGGAAUCCUAUGGAUAUUUAUCUUUAUAUUGACUUUAAGUACUCUAACUGGUUGAACUUAAAAAUUCAAGACUGACGCUGUUUCAACAACCGUUAUAGUACUGUAUAAUAACUUGGAUAUUUAUAAAAUUAUAAUCAACUUUGCAAAAGUUAAACUGCUUGGAACAGUGUUUUGUAAAAAAUGAGCAAAUACUCAUCUUCUUCCGACUCUUCAGGCUCCCACAGGAAAAAGAAAUCCAGAUACAGGUCUCGGUCGUCUAGUUGUUCCUCUUCUAGUAGUAAGUAUUCUUCAAGAAAAAAGAGUAAAAAAUACAAGAAACAAAGGCGGUCAAGAAGUAAAGAAAAGAGAUUAAAGUGCUCAAGAAGGCUUUCAAGGGAUCGAGAUAGACAUUCCAAACGUUCAUCUUCCCCGUCAUCAAAAUUUAAAUCAAGUAAGAGCAGAAGGUCAAGUUCUAGAAAUCGUUCGAACACAUACAAUUCUUACUCAAAAGGACGAAGCCCUGGGAGAUACCGGAGAUCGCAUUCUGGUGAUUCUCACUCGUCAUCUCGUAGGAGUAGAUCACUCUCUAAAAACAGGACCAACUAUUCAGAAAGUAGAUCUCGUUCCCAGUCACAGAAACCAAAAAAUCCUAAAUCUCCAGAAAGCUUGCGAUCACAGAAAGAUGACGAUAACUUGCUAGAAAAGUUAAAUAAAGCUGCAAUGAAAGCUAUGGCAGAAAAUGCUAGAUCUAGAGAGCUAGGGGCUUUCAAUGAACCGCCACCUGACAGGGAUGCAAUUUUAAAAUAUAUCAACUCCAAUAGCUUUGCGCCUCAAGGUUUUUCAUCAAAUGUUCAAAAGCAAAAAGAGGAUUUACCAACAAUUUAUGAAAAAAAUGAUCCUGUUUAUAAAAAAGAAGUGGUUACUACAGAAGAACCUGGAUGCCUUUUAAACCCGAAUCUUCUCAUAGAUGACUACGAAGAAAAGCUGAACCGAUGGGUGAAGAAAAUAUACCAAAUAAGACAGCGAUCAAUAUACGGGGAGCCGUUAAAUUUCAGCUGAAAAGAUAUGAAAAAUAUACUAUACAUAGUGUGAAUAAAAUGUCAUUACAUUUUUAA